GGAUCCCGUCAUCAGAUCCACCCCAGGGGGGAGGGAAGGACAUUGGAGGGAGCGGGAAAUCUGCCCCAGAAUUGCUCUUGGCUGUGCAUGGGGAGAUCCAAGGAGGGGGGAGGAGAGAAGGAAGCUUAAAGGAACCCCCUGCUCACAUCUCCUUCAGAUUCCGAUUCCUGGAAGACUGGAAGGAUCUUUGGAGAGCCAGCGGUGCCAGUGGCUGGAAGGUCCCUUCUGAGCCUGGCAGAGAAGAGGAGAAGCAGGAAGAGCUGCAGGUUCUGAGGUUCUUCCAGGAAUGGGGAGGAAUUGGGUGGAUCUCACAAAUAUUUCUACUGAUUUUUCUUUCAGAGGGAUCCCCAAGGAUAAAAGUCAAGGUCAGGAUACCUCACUAGUGGACAAAAUGGAGUCACCGUUGUUCAUUGAAUCAUCUUCUAUUGCUGGAGCUGAAAGAGCUGCUGGACUUCCAAAUCAGGGUCCUGUGUCUUUUGGGGAGGUGGCCAUCCAUUUCAAUAGUGAAGAGUGGUUGCUGCUUGAUCCCAGCCAGAAAGUCCUGUAUCAAGAAGUCAUGCUGGAAACGUCUAGGAUGGUGGCCUCUUUAGCAUUUGAUGCGCAGAAGGAAAAUAACCAAGAGACAAAUUUAGUGCCAUUGGAAAUAAUCAAAACUGAAAUUCCUGAGGAGACAUCUACAAAUAAGCACAGUUGGAGAGAAAAAUCGAUUCUUGAAUGUGUGGAAAUGGAUCAUUUCCUGACCCAACGUGAUUCCAAAGAAAAUACGGGGAAAUGUCAAAGUAGAAAAAGAUUCAAAACAAACCCCAAUGCUAGUAACCAGUGCAAAACUGGAAAAAGCUCCUGCAGUAAUAAUCUUACUUCACAUAAAAUGAUCCAGGCAAGGGAGAAACCCUACAAUGCUAUGGACUGUGGAAAAAGUGUUGGGUGGAAAGGUAAUUUAACUUCUCAUAAAAAGAUCCACACCACAGAAACACUCUAUAAGUGCCUAGAGUGUGGAAAGAGCUUCAGAGACAACAUUUAUCUAACCUCCCACAAAAGGAGACAUAGUGGAGAAAAACCCUUUAAAUGCAUAGAAUGUGGGAAGAGCUUCACAACUAGUAGUUACCUGAUAUGCCAUAAAAGGAUCCAUUCAGGGGAAAAACCCUAUAAAUGUGUGGAUUGUGGACAAAGGUUCCGUGUGAAGGGUUCCCUUACUUCCCAUAAAAGGAUACAUAGUGAAAAAUCCUUUAAAUGCAUAGAAUGUGGGAAGAGCUUCAGAAUUAGUAGUGACCUGAUAGACCAUAGAAGGAUCCAUUCAGGAGAAAAACCCUAUAAAUGUGUAGACUGUGGGAAAAGGUUCAGUAGGAAGAAUUCCCUUAUGUUCCAUAAAAGGAUGCAUACUGGAGAAAAACGCUUUACAUGCAUAGAAUGUGGGAAGAGCUUCAGCACUAGUAGUUACCUGAUAUGCCAUAGAAGGAUCCAUUCAGGAGAAAAACCAUAUAAAUGUGUAGACUGUGGAAAAAGUUUCAGUAUAAAGAAUUCCCUUACUUACCAUAAAAGGAUGCAUACUGGAGAAAAACCCUAUAAAUGUGUAGACUGUGGUAAAGGUUUCAGUAUAAAGAAUUCCCUUACUUACCAUAAAAGGAUGCAUACUGGAGAAAAACCCUAUAAAUGUGUAGACUGUGGAAAAAGUUUCAGUAUAAAGAAUUCCCUUACUUACCAUAAAAGGAUGCAUACUGGAGAGAAACCUUUUAAAUGCAUAGAAUGUGGGAAGAGCUUCACAAGUAGUAGUUACCUGAUAUGCCAUAAAAGGAUCCAUUCAGGGGAAAAACCCUAUAAAUGUGUGGAUUGUGGACAAAGGUUCCGUGUGAAGGGUUCCCUUACUUCCCAUAAAAGGAUACAUAGUGAAAAAUCCUUUAAAUGCAUAGAAUGUGGGAAGAGCUUCAGAAUUAGUAGUGACCUGAUAGACCAUAGAAGGAUCCAUUCAGGAGAAAAACCCUAUAAAUGUGUAGACUGUGGGAAAAGGUUCAGUAGGAAGAAUUCCCUUAUGUUCCAUAAAAGGAUGCAUACUGGAGAAAAACGCUUUACAUGCAUAGAAUGUGGAAAGAGCUUCAGCACUAGUAGUUACCUGAUAUGCCAUAGAAGGAUCCAUUCAGGAGAAAAACCAUAUAAAUGUGUAGACUGUGGAAAAAGUUUCAGUAUAAAGAAUUCCCUUACUUACCAUAAAAGGAUGCAUACUGGAGAAAAACCCUAUAAAUGUGUAGACUGUGGAAAAAGUUUCAGUAUAAAGAAUUCCCUUACUUACCAUAAAAGGAUGCAUACUGGAGAAAAACCCUAUAAAUGUGUAGACUGUGGAAAAAGUUUCAGUAUAAAGAAUUCCCUUACUUACCAUAAAAGGAUGCAUACUGGAGAGAAACCUUUUAAAUGCAUAGAAUGUGGGAAGAGCUUUAGACAAAGUGGUGGCCUUGCUUCCCAUCAAAAGAUUCAUACAGGCGAGAAACCCUGUAAGUGUAUAGAGUGUGGAAAGAGCUACAGAAAUAGAUAUCAUCUGACAUCCCACAAAAGGAUCCACUCAGGUGAAAAACCUUAUAAAUGCACUGAGUGUGGAAAACCCUUCAGGACAAAAAGUAACCUUGCGUGUCAUAAACGGGUCCAUACAGGAGAGAAACCCUAUACAUGCAUGGAGUGUGGAAAGAGCUUCAGGGUAAAGAAUGCUCUUACUUCUCAUAAACGGAUCCACACAGGAGAAAAACCCUAUAAAUGCCUAGACUGUGGGAAGGGCUUCAGCCGAAGCAGUAGCCUUACUUCUCAUAAACGGGUCCACACAGGAGAAAAACCCUAUAAAUGCCUAGACUGUGGGAAGGGCUUCAGCCAAAGCUGUGGCCUUGCUUCCCAUAAACGGGUCCACACAGGGGAAAAACCCUAUAAAUGCUUGGAGUGUGGAAAGAGCUUCAGUGUAAAGAGUUCUCUUACUUGUCAUGAAAGAAUCCACACAGGAGAGAAGCCUUAUAAAUGUCUAGAGUGUGGGAAGAGUUUCAGCCGAAGCAGUCAAUUUAGUUGCCAUAACCGGAUGCAUACAGGGGAAAAACCUUAUAAGUGCACAGGCUGUGGAAAGACCUUCGCUACAAGUGGCCAUCUGAUUUAUCAUAAAAGGACCCACACAGGAGAGAAACCUUAUAAAUGCCUGGAAUGUGGGAAAGGCUUCUGUGAUAAGCGGUCCCUUACUUCCCAUAACAGGAUCCACACAGGAGAAGAAUCAUCUGUAUGCAAUGAAUCUGGGAAGAGUUUGAGUACAAGCCAGUCCCUUACUACAUUAAUACCCAGACACGGAAGAAAUUGUACUAGUGCAACUAAGUCACCUUAGUUCCCAUAAGAGGAUCUACACAGGAGGGAAAUAGAAAUGUAUGGAUUUCUAAAUGUAGAAAUGUGAAAACAGGAUGCUUCUCAAGAAAGAACCCACAGGGGGGGGGGGAAAUAUCCUGUGGAAAGCAGUCAACUUAUUUACCUUAUUAAUAUGACCCGGAUCAGGACUACAUACAGGGUGGGAGGGAGAUCUCUUUAAGGGACUGCAGUAUCCUUAAUUUGUGAUAUGAAACCAUCUAAAGAUAUGGAGUGUAAAAACAAUUACAUCUUCUUUCAGAAGAUUGCUGUAGGAGCAACGGAAUAAAUGGAUUGAUUUUGGGAAGCUCCUAGGAUGAAGUUCUUAAAUCAAAAGAUAUUACCUAUUCAGUUAAGGUGUCACUCAAGAAAAACUGUUAAAACAAUUGCCCCUCUCUUUUCUCCCAAAAGAUCACAACCUCUGCUUGGUCAAGCUGCUUUCAUCUUUAAUUAUUUUUUUAUCUGAACUGAGUCUGGGAUCAGCCUCCAGGCUUUGUGAAGAGGUGGUGUAUGCAAGCAAAACAAAGCAAGGCAAGGAUGUCAGGGCAUGAUUUAAUCCCAUUUUUGGCUCUGGGAUAAUCUCACCAUUAAUUAGAGGAUGGACCGUGGCUUUCUCCAAGUUGCAAUAUUCUGAAAUAAAACCCGAAGAAGUAUUCUCUAAUAAAACUCUUUUAUUUGUAAAAAGUAACAAAAACAUCUAUCUAUCUAAUUAGCUACAUCUUGGCAGCAUUCCUCUGCCAAGAUCAUUCCUGGCAGAGAGAACAAAGGAAAGAGUAGUAAUAAAGGAAUGGAAUAUAGGACAUGCGCAGUAAAGAAAACUGAUCAGGAACUUGGCAAACUACAGUAAGUCUAUUAGUCCAAAAAUAUGAAGCUCAGCUGGGAAAUACAAGAACGCAGUGACAAAGGAUGCAUAUGACCCAUAAUAAGCUGAGGGCCAAUGCGAUUGACAUCAAUAUCACAGUCAGUUCAAUCAAAGCACCAGAGGGCAGGACAAGAAGCAACCGAUGGAAACUACUCAAGGGGAGAAGCAACCUGGAAUUAAAGAGAAACUUCCUAACAGUGAGAACAAUGAACCAAUGGAACAACUUGCUUUCAGACGUUGUGGGUGCUUCAUCAGUGGAGAUUUUUCAGUCACUUGUCUGAAACAGUAUAUGUUCUCCUUGAGUAGGGGUCUAGGCUUGAAGGCCUCCAAGAUCUCAUCCAGCUCAGUCUAGUCGAGCCUCUCUACUCUACUCUACUUUUACUCUACCCUACCCUACUCUAUUCAACCAGCUAAAAGGGACUUUAAAAAUGGUUUUAUUGAUCCAACAGUGUACCAUAUGCGCAAUAUUUUUUUAAAAAGUUUUUUAAUUUCUUGAUUUAAAUUAUUCAUUGUUCAGUUUCUCAGAUUAAUCAUUACCGUAUUUUCUAUUUCUCAAGAUUUUCAAAUGCCACUUUACUGCCUGCAUUUCAUUUUCUGAUACCAAGUUCAUCAGAAAGAUCAAUCAUAGUUGACAUGUCAGGUUGCUAUGGUUUUGGAGAAAACUUUUACUAGCAUGAUUGUGACUGUAUUUUUGAUCUUAAUAUAUUUCUUAAAAACAUUUCCUCAUUAUUAACCACCUUUCUCAUUUUGAAAAGUUAAUAAAUUAUUGGAAACAGUU